AUUUCUUCGGUCUCUUGCAGCUCGCAUAACACGUCAGUGUUUAGGUUUUUAAGAGGCCAGUUCCACCAAAAUUGAGGCAAACGUAUUUGCUAAGGUGCAAUAACGAGUCGGUUACCGAUCAAAAUGGACACAAAGCCACAAAUUGCGUGGUGAUAUUUAUAUAUUUAAAACAAAGAAUCGAUUACGUUUAUAUUUUUGUUCUUCCCUAAAACGGACAAAAUUAAUCGUCAAGCGCGAAAACAACAAGCAGCAUCUAGUAAGCAGGUGCAACGGCAAAGAUUAGCAGCUGUGAUAUACAGACAAUUGGAGGAGGAAGCAACCGUUAGCUGCCACGACAUAACGUGUGACGUGUGUAUCGCAUUUAAAUUUGAUAAUUCGCCUCGUCUCUCAAUCCCAACUGGUUCAGACGCCCACAAACACGCACACGCCCACACACAGACAUACAACACAUACACGCACACAGCAUAAUGGCUUUGCCAUUAAGCGAUCUGCUGCUACUUGGCAGCGGCGAAAAGAAAUUGGCAGCCUGUGUCCUGCUGCUGCUGCUGGAGCUCUUCAUGGAAGGCGCCGAUGCGGCAUCACCAACUCAGGCGGACAUCGACAAUCAUCUGGAGCUUGGCAAAGACUUUUUGGCACGUGGUCAGCUGUCGGAUGCACUGACGCAUUAUCAUGCAGCUGUUGAGGGCGAUCCCAACAAUUAUUUGACACUCUUCAAACGAGGAACUGUCUACCUAGCGCUGGGCAAGACACGCUUUGCCAUCCAGGACUUCAAUCGCGUGCUAGAACUUAAGCCAGACUUUACAGCCGCUCGCAGCCAGCGUGGCACUGUGCACAUGAAGAGCGGCGAUUAUGAUAACGCUUUGCUAGACUUUGAGUAUGUGCUCGGCGAGGAGCCACAAAAUGCGCUCGUGCAAGAGCACUAUUCAAGACUGAGGCCGGCUAAGGAGCAGUGGCAGCUGGUGCAGCAUCUGCUGAACAAUAAUGAUGAACAGAAUGCCAUAGGCAUGAUAACACAGCUGCUAGAGAUCUCACCCUGGUCCGUGGCAUUUAGACAGGCUCGCUCUGAUGCCUACCUGAAGACAAACGAUCCGCUUUCGGCCAUUGCGGAUUUGCGGCAGGUCAACCGCCUGUCACAGGACAGCACCGAGGGGCAUUACAAUAUAGCAAAACUGCUAUACACUAUAGGACAUGCUACUAAUGCGCUGAAGGAGAUACGCGAAUGCCUCAAAUUCGAUCCCGAGCACAAGCUCUGCUUUCCAUUCUACAAGAAACUGCGCAAAGUGGAAAAACAGCUAGUUACAGCGGAAACAGCGCGAGAGGAAAAACAGGCGGCGGAGUGCAUAAUCGCUGGCGAGGCGGUGCUUAAACAUGAGCCCGAGGAGACCAUGAUACGCUACGAGGCGCACAAGCUGCUCUGCUCGUGCUACACCACAGACGAGCAGUAUGUCAAAGCGUUGUCGCACUGCAAACAGGCGCUGGAGAUUAUGAAGGAUGCGCAGCUGUAUUGUGAUCGCGCUGAGGCGCUGCUGGGCAGCGAGAUGUAUGACGAUGCCAUACACGACUACCAGGCGGCGCUCGAGAUUGACGAAAACAAUUCCCGCGCCAAGGAGGGCAUACAGAAGGCGAAGAAACUGCAAAAACAGGCAGAGCGCCGCGAUUACUACAAAAUCUUAGGCGUGAAACGCAACGCCAGCAAACAGGAGAUUGUGAAGGCGUAUCGCAAGGCGGCACAGAAAUGGCAUCCGGACAAUUUUAAGGAUGACGAGAAAAAGGUGGCCGAGAAGAAGUUCAUUGAUAUUGCCGCUGCCAAGGAAGUGCUCACAGAUCCGGAGAAGCGACGUCAGUUUGAUAAUGGCGAAGAUCCGCUCGAUCCGGAGAGUAAUCAACAUGGUUUCCGUGGAGCAGAUCCAUUCGCACACUUCCAGCACGGUUCGCCGUUCCAAUUCAAGUUCCAUUUUAAUUAAAUGGAUCUGUCGAGCACUGCGGCCAGUUGCCAUUGUUCAGCCAGGGUUUAUUUUUCGUGUUUUCCCCCACUUAAUGCAGUCACUAUAAUAUCCACAAUCUAUCCCUCCGCUGCCCGCAAUUGUUUACGCACAACAAUCGCGGCACUUUCUGUUUUGCCUACGCCCCCCAGGAUAACCCCAAGCCUUACGAUUUUACACUUGUUUGUGUUGCAACUCUUGAAUAGCGUGUAAAUAUUAGCCUAAAGACAAAAUCCGAUAACUGAAACACACAACAACACAAAA